AUGAAUACCAUGGAUAACCUGGAGAAACAGCUGAUUUGUCCCAUAUGCCUGGAGAUGUUUACAAAGCCUGUGGUUAUCCUACCCUGCCAGCACAAUCUCUGCAGAAAAUGUGCCAACGAUGUUUUCACGGCCUCAAACCCGUACCUCCCAACGAGAGGGGGCUCAGUGACGUCCGGUGGCCGCUUCCGAUGCCCGUCCUGCAGACACGAGGUGGUUCUGGACAGGCACGGUGUUUAUGGGCUGCAGAGGAACCUGCUGGUUGAAAACAUCAUUGACAUGUUCAAACAGGAGUCCAGCAGCAGCAAGCCAGCGCCAGAGAGAAAGGAAGAGACACCCAUGUGUGAUGUGCACGAAGAAGAAAAGAUCAACAUUUACUGUGUGACCCAUGGUGUACCCACAUGCUCCAUGUGUAAGGUAUUUGGAGCUCACAAAGACUGCGAGGUGGCGCCGAUCACCAGCAUCUACCAGACGAAAAAGACGGAGCUGAGUGACGGGAUCGCCAUGAUGGUUGGUAACAACGACAGGAUGCAAGGCAUCAUCAGUCAGCUAGAGGAGGCCUGUCGCGCCAUAGAGGAGAAUGGUCGGAGGCAGAAGACGCUGGUGUGCGAGAGGUUCGACCAGCUCUACUCCAUCCUGGAGGGGAAGAAGACGGAGAUGAGUCAGAAGGUGACGGUCGAACAGGAAGAGAAGUUGAAUUAUAUCCGAGGCCUGACCAGGAAGUAUGGAGACCAUCUGGAGGAGAGCUGUAAGAUGGUGGAGCUGGGUAUCCAGACUAUGGAGGAGCCAGAAAUGGCUUUAUUUCUACAGAACACAAAGCCUCUCCUCAAAAAGCUUGCAGACGCAUCCAGUACAGCACACCUGGACAAAGUUGAGCGUGGCUAUGAGAAUAUGGAUCAUUACAGCGCCGACUUCAAGAGAGAGGGGAAGGCCCUGCGCAGCCUCGACUUCCUGCUAGAUGAUGAAGACGAGGAUGAAGAGGAUGAGGAUGGAGAAGCAGGUACAGAAGAAGGCGAGGUGGCCCAGACUGUUUCAGGAGGCAGCGCUGUGACAGCCGCCUCCGUCCAACCUUCUGCCCCGCAGCAGAGUAACUUCUCCCCAAGCGCAGCCAAGAGCGCUGCCUCAUCCUAG